GACACGCACUAACUCCAGCUCCUCGCGGGCUGGGCAGGGAGCAGAGCUCCCGGGAACGCACUGAGGCGCUUGUCCAUCUCCCAGCCUCUUCCCCUCCUCCGGGCCCAGGAGCCAGCCGCUAGGCUCGGCCAGGCAGGAGUCCCUCUUGAAGCAGUCGGGCCCACCCUCUAGCUCCCACCCCUGCGCAGGCGGCAGCAGCAGCAGCCAUGGGGCCAGGAGGCGGCGGCUGCUGAGCGUCCCGCGCCGGGACAAGAUGGGGGGACGUUAGUAGCGGCGCAGCUGCUGGGGCAGGAGCUCGGUGCACGGUGGCGGGAGAGCGAGAGCCGCCCCUGGCGCCUCGCGGCUGGGAGCUCGCUCGGAGCAGUCAGAACCCAGAGGUAUGGCUCUUCGGCAGCUGUUUCUUAUUCUGGCACUGGUUUGUGCAAAUGAUUCUCUUUCUACAAGCGAAGUUAUUUUGGGAUGGCCACAAAUCAUCAAGUGCAGAUCACCUGAACAGGAGACAUUUUCAUGUCAUUGGACAGAUAAGGAUUUUCACAACCUCACUACUCCAGAAACAGUACAACUGUUUUAUAUGAGAAGGAAUGAUGAAGAAUGGAAAGAAUGUCCCGAUUAUGUAACUGCUGGAGAAAAUAGCUGUUAUUUUAACACAUCGUACACUUCUAUUUGGAUAACUUAUUGUGUUAAGCUUAUCAACAAAGAUGACAUAUUAGAUGAAAAAUGCUUCAGUGUUGAUGAAAUAGUACAACCUGAUCCUCCUGUCGGCCUCAACUGGACUCUACUGAAUACCAGCCUGACGGGGAUCCAUGCAGACAUCCAAGUGAGAUGGGAUCCACCGCCAUCAGCCGACGUUCAGAAGGGAUGGAUUACGCUGGAGUAUGAACUGCAGUACAAAGACGUCAAUGAGACGAAAUGGAGGGAGUUGGAGCCCAGGCUCGCAACAGUAGUUCCAUUGUACUCGUUGAAGUUGGGAAGAGACUAUGAGAUUCGAGUCCGAUCGAGACAACGUGCUUCUGAAAAAUUUGGGGAGUUCAGUGAAGCCCUUUAUGUGUCUCUUUCUUCAAUUAGCUCCGUUCUGUGUAAUGAAGAAAUCCAGUUUCCAUGGCUCUUGGUUAUCGUCUUUGGAACAUUUGGGCUGAUAGUGGUGAUGUUCUUAAUUCUGUUCUCUAAACACCGAAGGUUAAAAAUGCUGAUUCUUCCUCCAGUUCCAGCUCCAAAGAUUAAAGGGAUUGAUCCAGACCUCUUGAAGAAAGGAAAGCUAGACGAAGUGAAUUCCAUCUUAGCCAGCCACGACAGCUACAAGCCACAGCUGUAUAACGACGACUCCUGGGUGGAGUUUAUCGAACUGGAUAUAGAUGACCCCGAUGAGAAGACAGACGGAUUGGACACUGACAGACUCCUGGGUGAUGACCAUUGUAAGUCUCUCAACUGUCUUGGAGUGAAAGAUGAUGAUUCUGGACGUGCCAGCUGCUGUGAACCGGAUAUUCCAGAGACUGACUUCAGUGCUAGUGACACAUGUGAUGGCACCUCAGAUAUUGAUCAGUCCAAAAAGAGAAGUGAAAAGGAAGAAGAUCUCUUGUGCCUUGAUCAAAAAGAUAAUGAUGAGUCACAUGCUAGUCCUGCUGACCCAGGUCCCCGGAAACCUAAUACUAAUAUUCAGUCAAAGCCACCUUUUGCUGAGAGUAUUGAAUCAACUUGCCCACCUGUCCGUACACAGCUAAGCAACCAGAGUUCAGGAGCAAAUACUGACUUUUAUGCGCAAGUAAGUGACGUUACUCCAGCAGGAAGUGUUGUACUUUCACCGGGGCAAACAAGCAAGACAAGGAGAACACAAUGUGAAGCCUACACGGAACCAGCUAUACAAUGUCAACCAAACUUCACCAUGGACAAUGCCUAUUUCUGUGAAGCAGAUGUGAAAAAAUGCAUCACUGCAACAUCUCACGAUGCGGUUGAGCCACAUGUUCAGGAGCAGAGCUUUAUCGAGGAUGUUUACUUCACCACUGAGAGCCUUACCACUACUGCUGAGAAUCCAGGUACAGCUGCAGUAGAAGCCUCAAAUUCUGAAAUACCUGUCCCAGACUAUACCUCCAUUCACAUAGUACACUCUCCACAAGGCCUUGUACUCAAUGCUACUGCGCUGCCUGUGCCAGACAAAGAAUUUAUGAUAUCAUGUGGCUACAUGAGCACAGACCAACUGAACAAAAUCAUGCCAUAGCCUUUCUUUGAUAAUGUGCGUACAGUAUGUAUUUAAUGGCAUAGAGUUGGCUUGGGCUUAAAUGCUUAAACCAAAACAAUGUUUUAAACUUUUUUGUGGUUCUUACGCUUUUACCUGAAAUGUCAAAACGUAAAACAUUAAAUCAAAAUCGUCCCAUUGUGUAUUGUAAAUAUUAUCUAUGAAUUGUCUCAAAAGACUCUAGUAGCAGUGACUGUCUUGUUGUUGUGGAUAUUGAUUUUUGUGAUACUAAGCAUUGAAUAACUAUGUUUAAUAUACAGUAAAUCAUGCUUUUUGAAAGAGCUAAUGUCAGGUGGUUUUUGAAGUUUGAGAAUUUAAUGCAAAUCAUAUCACGUGCUGAGAUCUUUAUAUCAGUAACUGGGAACUGAAAAUAUAAAAUAGGUGGGAAAGCAAAAGUUGUUUGGUUAAAUACAUUUAUUUUGAAUUAUAUAAAUUAAUAUUUUAAUAUUUUAGACAAAGGCAUGGACAUUUUAUAUUGUACUACGUAUUGUAGUUUAAAUAUGAUGAUCCAUUUAAGGAAUGUAUUGCUGCAAUCUGAUAAGAGCUUCUUCCUGCUUCAGUCAUUGUGGGGCAGGGGGGAAGAAUUAGUUUUUUACAAAGCCAUUUUUA